AUGGUGCCAACGAUUCGAUUCAUCCGGCGUUUAUCAACAAAAUCAUCAAUCGUGAAUAAAUUAGUUAAUGUUUUGCAAUCAUCGCCGUGUGAAGCAAGAGAAACAAAGCUUGCUGAUUUUUUUGAAAUAUAUAAUAAACAAGUGGGAGCAGCAACUUGCUCAAAUAUUAUUUCUGAUGUCAUCAAUCAUUUGGCUAUUCAAAAGCCAGAAAAGCCAGCUCUAUGGACGUUUGAGAGUAAAAGUAAAGCACAUUCAGCUCUCACAUAUAAUGAAGUCUAUAAACAAUCAUGUCAAUUGGCCAAUGUUCUUACUGGUAAACAAUAUAAUUUGAAACAGGGUCACGCUGUACUCGUUAUUUUACCACAUAAUAUGAAAGAACGAUUUUUAUUAUGGUUAGCAUGCCUUCAAACGGGCUUAGUGUUUUGUCCAUAUGACCCAAAGGAGUUAACUGAGAUUGGAAUUUCUCAAAGAAUUCGACGGUUAAUUAUUGAUUGUGUUAUUACUGAUGAAGAUAAUUUGGAAAUGGUACGCCAUUGUACUUAUACUCCAUUGCGACCGUUGACAAAAGGUGUUAUUAUGAAAGGUUCAGCUUCCGAACUGCCACCAGUUAGCUGGAAUCAUCUAAUACAAGCUGCUAAUAAUGCUGAUAGUCAAUAUACUAAAAUGGUGAAUACCAAUCCUAAUAUGCCUGCCAUGCGAUUUCUAUCAAACAAACAGCAUGUUAUUCAAUAUUCUCAAGAAUACCUAAGCACUCGUUUAAUAAUAACAGCUCUUUGGCUUAGCAAAUACAAAGUUCCUAAUUUAGUGUGGAUGAAAAAUCGAACUGAUAUAAUGUCAAUGGCUCCUUGGCUAUUUGGUUCGUCGAUAUUUUGUAAUGAAUCCGAAAAUUUGAAAACAAUGUUCGAUACAUUGAAAAACUAUCCGAUUGAUGCUUUUUGUGCACCACAAGCGAAUUAUAGAAUGCUUGAAGAUGAACAACAGCAAGAAGAACAUAAAAACCAACUUCAACAAUUAUUUUCUUUUGAACCAAUCAGUGCAGAUCUGAAAGCUCAAUGGCUUUCACUGACAAAUCUUUCUGUUCAUGAUGAUUAUGCUGCUUUCAAUGAUGAAUCUAAAUUAAAAUAUUUUCCAAAUAAUGAUCAACAAAAGCCAGAUCAUGAUUUCGAAGAAUUUGAACAACAACAACAACAACAACAACAGCAACAAAUAAACUGA